UGUGGGGUGGCGUGAAAAUUAUUUUUCUCUUGCUGAACCACAAAGGCAUAGAAUCAAACUGCUUGUUUUGGACACACUGGCUUCUUCUUUUUCUUGUGGACAUUAUGGCUAAUAACACAACGAGUUUAGGGAGCCCAUGGCCAGAAAACUUUUGGGAGGACCUUAUAAUGUCAUUCACUGUCUCGGUGGCGAUUGGGCUCGCAAUCGGAGGAUUUCUCUGGGCGCUCUUUGUUUUCCUGUCUCGAAGAAGAAGAGCUAGCGCUCCCAUCUCACAGUGGAGUCCCACCAGGCGACCCAGGUCCUACAACCAGGGCCUCAGCCGAACUGGAUUCUACCGCCACAGUGGUUGUGAGCGUCGAAGCAACCUCAGCCUGGCCAGUCUCACCUUCCAGAGACAAGCUUCCAUGGAGCUGGCAAAUUCCUUCCCCAGGAAAUCAAGCUUCAGGGCUUCAACUUUCCAUCCCUUCCUGCAAUGCCCACCACUUCCGGUGGAAACUGAGAGUCAGCUGAUGACCCUGCCUGCCUCCACCACCCCAUCUGCCAUCAGCACGGUGCACAAUCUGAGCCGGCCUGACUUCCGCUGGUCCAGCAACAGCUUGCGAAUGGGCCUUUCCCCACCACCCCCACCUGCCUAUGAGUCCAUCAUCAAGGCAUUUCCCGAUUCCUGAGU